UCUGGCAUUACUAAGGACCAGUAGGUCUAUUUAUGGCAUGAUAGAAGGGCCAAUAUAACUUAACUUAAAAUAAAUACAUAUACAAUAAAGGUUCUAGUCUCUACGAAAACGUCUGGAGUCUUUGGAACUUGGAAUUUUUCUCAGAACAUACAAAUAUUCAAUGUAAUUUUCAAACAAAACUUAUUGUAGGGUACACACAAACAAUUCAUUAGAUAACUAAAAAAAGCCGGCGAAUUUAUUUAUAAAAUUUCAAAGCAAAUCGCAAAAUACAUACACACAUCAAUAUAUCUGCAUGAAUGCACAUGUCAACAAUGCGAAAACAGCGAAAUAUCCACAAAUAACUAGAGAGAGUGGAUAGCGAACAGUAGAAAUUCCAUAUAUUAUUGCCUUGCAAUAAUCUCGGCUGGAUCUCUGUAUUAAUUUGUUAUCAACUCAAUUGUGACGUUUUCGAGAGAAUGGUAUAGAAUAAAUUUUGGAAGAGAAUUGCUACAUAUAAUUUCGCACGUAGACCGGAAUAGUUUCAGAAUUCAAAGCAACAUGGCGAGCAGCGCACAGAACGCGACGGUGUCUUUCUGUCAGGAGAAGUGGAAUCAUUUUUUGGAUGUAGUCGGAGACGAACCAGAACGACUAUGGGUAUAUGGCACAGUACUUUUGAUAUUUAUUAUUUAUUGGCUUUAUGCUGCCGUUUUAACUUUGGUGGAUUUUACUAAGAAACCACAUUUUGUACGUAAAUACAAGUUGCAACCUGGUAAAAAUGAUCCCGUCGACACAAAACGUUUACUACCGGCUCUGCGCGUAGUGCUCUUCAAUCAAACAUUUGUGGCUAUACCGCUGGCCUAUGGCCUAUAUCAUUUUGUUUACAAAUAUCAAAAUACCCUGAAUAUCCGCGAAUUGCCAUCGAUACAACAAACUGUUUUCGAUUUGGCCCUAUGCUGUGUGCUGGAAGAGAUAAUUUUCUAUUAUGGCCAUCGCUUGCUGCACUAUGGCGCCCUGUAUCGUUAUAUACAUAAGAAGCAUCACGAGUGGACCUCACCCAUUGCUGUUGUCGCACACUACUGCCAUCCAAUUGAACACAUACUUGCGAAUACCUUCCCCAUUGCUUUGUCUUUGGGUGUGGUUCGUGCACAUCUUGUUACUGGUUGGAUAUUCUUUGCCAUCGCAACUUACAAUAUAUUAAGUGAUCAUGCUGGCUAUGCGUUCCCUUGGUCCCUAAUUUCUGUGCCAUUCCACGAUUAUCAUCAUGCUACAUUCAAUUAUAAUUUCGGUGUUUAUGGUUGGUUAGACAGAUUGCAUGGUACCUAUGGCGCGUAUGACAAGUCUGGACAAAUUGAAGCGAGCCACAGACCCCAACAGAAACAAGAAUGAGGAGUUAAAUUAUAUUUUGACCAAUAUUUUUCAUCUUACUAAAUUUAAAUUAUAUUUUGACAAAUAUUUUUCAUCCUACUACCUCGUUAAGCAAGCUUCUUCUACGUUUGUAUAUACAUACUUUUAGUUAUGCACAAUUUUAAGUAUUUUAAAAGAAUAUGCAUAUAAUUACAUUUUUUA